GCACCCUCUCUUCCCCCCGGGAGCCACCAAAAGCGGAGUAGAAGGUGGGGAGAGAGGGAGAGACGUCGAGUCCGUCGUCUUGGUCCGUCCCUCCUUGUAACGCCCUUCCCUUUCUCACCCCCUGCCAUUGGUAGCGUCCCACCUUCCCGGAGUCGUAGCCCAGCUGAGCCGACUGCGCCUGCGCGCACGGCGCCAGGAACAUGGCGCAGGCUCUUUCCGAGGAGGAGUUCCAACGGAUGCAGGCCCAGCUACUGGAGCUUCGGACCCAGAACUACCAGCUGUCAGAUGAGCUGAGAAAAAAUGGUGUUGAACUCACCUCCCUCCGGCAGAGAAUCAUGUUCCUGGAUAAGGAGUUUGCUCGAGCCCAGAAGGAAGUGGAAGUUCUGCUCAGCGAGAACCAGAUGCUGCAGGGGAAGCUCCACAGUCAGGAAGAUGACUUCCGGCUGCAGAACAGCACACUCCUUCAAGAGCUCAGCAAGCUUUGUGCACAGAUCGAGCAGCUUGAGCAAGAGAACCAGCAGUUAAAGGAGGGCUCCCUGGGUCCAGGGCCCCCGAGCACAGCUAGCAGCCCCAUGGAUGGGGAGCUUCUGCGCCUGCAGGCAGAGAACACAGCCCUCCAGAGGAAUGUUACAGCCCUGCAGGAACGCUGUGAGAAAGAGCAGACAGGUUCCCCGGGCCUGCUGCGGACUGCUGGAAAGGAUGAGGCAGGGGGCUGUGGGGAUCCUCCAGGAGGGCCGGUAGCCCCACCCCCGUUGGCAGAGGCCAGGCUGAAGCGGGAAGUGGAGAAGGAAGAGAAGAGGCUACUUCGGGAGCGUUUACAGGGACUUGAGAGCUCGAAGCAGGCGGAGACGGCAAAACUGCAGGAGGAGGUAGCCAAGCUGUCGGAGAAGCUGAAGAAGAAACAGGAGAGCUUCUUCCGCCUGCAGACGGAGAAGGAGGCUUUAUACAACGACAGCAGGAAUAAGAUUGAAGAACUUCGACAGCAGCAAGAGGCGGAUCUUAAAGCCCAGCUAGUCCGGACUCAGAAGCUGCAACAGGAGCUCCAGGCAGCCAACCAGAGCCUAGCCGAGCUAAGGGAACAGUGCCAAGCUGAACGCCAGGACCACGCAAGCACCCUCCGUGCCCUCCAGGACCAGGCAGCCUGCCAAAGUGCAGACUCACAGGAGCAGGUGCAGGCACUGUUGGCAGAGAAUGAUGCCCUGCGGACCAACCUGGCUGCCCUAGAGCAGAUCCAGACAGCCAAGACCCAGGAGCUGUGUGCCUUGCGGGAGCAGACUGCAGGCCUGGCCACAGAGCUGCAGCAGUGCCAGGCAGAGUUUGAGGCCUUGGCAGGCCAGAGAGAUGAUCUUCGCUCCCAGCUCCAGGAAUCACUCCGGGCGAAUGGACGACUUCUGGAACAGCUCCAGGCCCUGGGGCAAGAGAAAGAACGUGUUAGUCGGGAACUGGAGGAGGCCCGGAAGAGCGCUGAAAAGAGGAAGGUCCUCCUGGAUGAGGUGGCGGCUGAGGCGCUGCAGGAAAAGUCAAGACACAAGGAGGAGCUGGGCUCAGCCAGGCUGCAGGCAGAAAAGGACGUGCUGGCAGUGCGGGCUCGCUAUGAGCGGGAGCUCCGGCAGCUCCAUGAUGGCCGGCGGCGGCAGGAGGAAGAGCUCCGGGCCCAGAUCCGGGAAGAGAAGGCUCGGACCCGGGAGCUGGAGAGCCUGCAGCAGAUGGUGGAGGAGUUGCGGACCCAGCUGCAGUCAAUGGAAGGAGCCAAGGGCUGGUUUGAGCGGCGCCUGAAAGAGGCAGAGGAGACCUUAGAGAAGCAGCAUCAGGAGCACCAAGAGAGCCUUCAUGUGGAGGAGGAGCGCCACAAGGCUGAGCUGCAGCGGAAAGAAGAGGACGUGCAGGCAGCUGAGGGCCGGCUGCGGGAGGCUGAGGCCUUAUGUGGCGACCACCUGGACACCAUCACUCGGCUGCAGCAGGAGGUGAAGGAUGUGGCGGAUGGGCAGCGCAUCCUUGAGAAGAAGGGGAGUGCCGCGCUGAAAGACCUGAAGAGGCAGCUACAGCUAGAACGGAAGCGUGCCGACAAGCUUCAGGAGCGCCUCCAGGAACUCCUGACCAAUAACAAGAGCCGCUCAGGCUUUGAGGAGCUAGUCCUGUCAGAGAUGAGCUCCCCCAGCCGGGCACAAACGGGUGAUAGCAGCAGUGUCUCCUCUUUCAGCUAUCGGGAGAUCCUCCGGGAGAAGGAGGGCUCAGCUGGUCCAGCUCGGUCCUCCUCAGGGAGCCCCCCAGGCCCAGCUCGGCCGGCAGAGCUGUCAGACGAAGAAGUGGCUGAGUUAUUUGAGCGGCUGGCAGAGACUCAGCAGGAGAAGUGGAUGCUGGAGGAGAAGGUGAAGCACCUGGAGGUGAGCAGUGCCUCGAUGGCUGAGGACCUGUGCCGGAAGAGUGCCAUCAUCGAGACUUAUGUCAUGGACAGCCGCAUUGACGUGUCCGGCCCGUCAGGCCACACAGACAGAAGUGGCCUGGGCAGUGUCCUUCGGGACUUGGUGAAGCCAGGAGAUGAGAACCUCCGGGAGAUGAAUAAGAAGCUCCAGAACAUGCUGGAAGAGCAGCUCACCAAAAACAUGCAUCUACACAAGGACAUGGAAGUGCUCUCACAGGAAAUCGUGAGGCUCAGCAAGGAGUGUGUUGGGGGUGCAGAAUCCUCCCCUUCCGUGUCUGGAGAUGCCAGCUGAGGACGAGAUGCAGCCCGGCCGGCUGGCCCAGCCUGGGCAGGGGGCGCAGGCUAGCCAGGCCCCUCAGCCCGCAUCUGUCCCUGUGCAUGACUUUGUGUGACUUGGCUCUCUCUCUAUUUAUGUCUCCUGGCCCACUGUGGCUGUUGCACUUUUUG